AUGUCGCAUCGAUCAAUACUUACUUUCCUACUGACAUACCACUCGUGGGAACACCGUACAGACCACGUGUCGAAGAGGCCAAGGCGUGUGUGCUAUUUGGUGACUCUGUCCCAUACGCUGACAUCUGCGCAAGAAUCUGGUGUUGCAGACCGUGUCUCAAUCCUGAACAGCAUAAAAUCCACGGAGAUUAGCAAUAUCGUGAAAGCACUUUCUCAGGAUGCUCAGGACACUUUGAUGAAGUACCUUUACAAGGGUAUGGUGAUGCCAGGUUAG